UGUGCCUUAUUCUUAUUCGUCGCUUAGAUUGAAACAAGAAGCAUCUGAAUCAUGUCUGGAAGAGGCAAAGGCGGGAAAGGACUCGGGAAAGGAGGCGCUAAGCGUCACCGGAAAGUGCUGCGCGAUAACAUCCAGGGAAUCACCAAACCCGCCAUUCGUCGUCUGGCGCGCCGCGGCGGCGUCAAGCGCAUCUCCGGUCUGAUCUACGAGGAGACCCGCGGGGUGUUGAAGGUGUUCCUGGAGAACGUUAUCCGCGACGCCGUCACCUACACCGAGCACGCCAAGAGAAAGACCGUCACCGCCAUGGACGUCGUGUACGCGCUCAAACGACAGGGACGCACCUUGUACGGCUUCGGAGGAUAAACGCCUUCAAUCAGAACAAACCCAACGGCUCUUUUAAGAGCCAC